AUGACAUCGUUAAUUCUCCUCGACCUCCCACCAUCUUCUUUCUGUGCAAUCGACCUAGCUUCAUUCACAACUGCCCCUCGUUUCCGCGGCAUAAAGAACAUCCCUCCCGGAAUCCAUUUCUGCUACUUCUCUCCAACCUCAGAUCCUAUCGACCCAUCCAGCACUGAAUCACGAAUCACAGACCUCGACAAUCCAACAUUAAACUCGUCAUCCCUCCAUUUCCGUACCGGCUUCUUCUUCACCGCUUCGCCAUCUGUACCUUAUAUUAUCAAAAAAUGGUGUUCAAAAACCGAAGCUCUCCUUUCAGAACCAGACAUCCCAUCUAUCGAAAUUGAGAACAUAAAGAAGAAUCUUCAAGAGAUAUAUCGCGGACACCUAAGUCCCUAUGAAAAGCUUCAAGUGCCUGAGGAGAAACUAUUUGUAUGGAACUCCCUGGUUUCGACAACUUUAUCCAAAUCGCAAGCGACUUUAACCCGAAUACUCGGCCCAGGUUGGGGUUGUGAAUCUACACGAGAGACAAAAUGGGAGAAAGAGGAACUAGACGAAGCCAUACGGUCGAAAACUGAGAUCACAGGGUCAAGAAAGAUGUUUGGGCCAGAAAAGCCGUCGGAUACCGAAAGCGACCCUUCAAAGGAAAGGGAAUCUCUGGAUUACACUCAAAUAAAUCUCAAGCGCACAUGGCCGUUGGAUGCCGUUGGAAGAGAGCGCACGGUUUGGGCGAGAGAUAGAAGUUGGGUUCUCACAGACAUAUUUCGAAAAUUAUCUCCAAAAUAUGGGGAACGGCAAUCGGAAGGUAGCCUUGCGACAGCGGAUUCGACAGCUAAGUCACUGUCGGGGAACCUUCCGUCCUCAGGAGAUACAGAAGACGGGCAAGCAGCGAUGUUAGCUGAGCUAUCAAUCUCGUUUGUUCUAACGGUGUUGCUCGCGAACUACUCAUCUGCAGUGCAGUUCAAGCAUAUACUUGAGAUCUCACUAACAGCAGGAGAAGCGAUAAAAUCACACACAAAAUUCUUUGUCAAGUUAGUAGGGUUGAUCGAAGACAUGCUAAAGGCAGCUAGAUUGGUGGUUGGGGAGAAGGCAGAGAGUGAUGACGAAGAUGACGAGGAAGCGGUGGGAAUACCGGUAGAAGAUACUGUUUUAGAAGAAUUUGUGAGUGGAGGAGAUGCAUGGUUGAUCAAAUUGCUCAGAGGAUUCAAUCGAGAGCUCAAGGACAUCGAUGAGGUUAAGGACAAGAAAGAAUUAGACAAGCUCAAGGAAGGGUUUGAGAAACUAGAAAGGUUCUGUAGAAGAGUGGGAUGGUAUCUCGACGAUCAAUAUGUUAGAAAAGGAAUGGUAGAUUUACCUCCUGAGGAGGGUGGCGGAAGGAUCGAAGUGGAGCUCGAGGAUAUGGAAGGGGAAGAUGAAAGGGGAGAGUUUGCGCCAGUGAUCGUGGAGCUAUAG